GUCAUUGUGCAUCCAGUUGUUUUGCUCCAUGUUCUGGACCAUCACACACGACGACAGGAAGAAUCCGGCCGCGUGAUUGGGACCUUAUUAGGACGUCAAAACGGCAAUGUCGUGGAAGUAACCAACUGUUUUUCUGUACCGCAUGCGGAGCGUGGCGAAGAAGUCGCAAUUGGUAAAGAUUUCAACAAAACCAUGCUAGGUUUGCAUUUGCGAGCGAAUCGGAAAGAAACUGUGGUGGGUUGGUACGCGUCGGCAGCGAAUGGUGAUAGUGAAUCCAAUGGGGAUUUGAUCACAGAUACAUCGUCGUUGAUUCACGAUUUUUAUGCGGGAGAAGCAGACGAAGGAGACCCAGUCCAUUUGGUAGUCGACACACGACUGAAGGAAGACAGUUUGUCGAUGCGAGCAUUCAAGUCUUCUCAAAUUGUUGUACAAGGCGAAGCAAUGGGUAACUUGUUUCACGAGUUGAAGCUUUCGCUCAAGAGCAACGAGCCAGAAGCCAUUUGUCUGAACCAAAUGAUUCGCACCGGCGGUGAAUUGGUUGCAAGCAAGGACGAAUCUAAUUCAGCGAAAGCGCUGCAGAUUUCUAUGGAAAAGCUUUACGCUCUUCUCGAAAAAACUCUAGCAUACGUAGACUCGGUAGUCGAUGGGAAAACUCCUCCGGAUGCCGAAGCCGGACGUCAGAUUGCUGACACGUUGGCGACUGUUGCACGCGUUCGCCCUGAAGUAUUUGACCGCCUUUUCCAUGAUAGCCUGCAAGACUUGCUCAUGGUUUCGUACUUGUCCAACAUUACUCGAACUCAAAUGACCAUUGCUGAUAAGCUCAACGCGAGCCUGGGCGUGUAG